AUGCAAUCUAAUAAUGAAGAAUUGCAGGACGAGGAAAUGCUAGAUGAUUUAGAAGAUGAUUUGGAAUUAUUGGAGUAUCAGAGAUCGAGAUCGACUCCAAAGAUUGUAAUCUAAGAGUUUGAAGAAGAUGAUGAAACACUCGAGCAAAAAGUAGCUAACAAAAAGCAAAAGAAAGAAAUGUUUACUCAGUUUUACGAAUCUCACUUGAAGGCUAAACUCGAAGUGCCCAGGGAAUAUACUAUGGCUGAUUUGGAAGAGCACAGCAAGGAAAAUAAUUGCUGGACAGCUAUUGAUGGGAAAAUAUAUAACAUUGCCCCCUUCGUCCACAUGCAUCCUGGCGGCAAAAAGAUUCUCAGAGCUGCUGGGAAAGAUGGAACAGAGAUUUUCAGAAAAUAUCAUGAAAAGAUGAAAAUUGAUGAAACAGUAGUAGGUCUGUUGUUUGAAGGAUACCUUAAACUUUGA